CUGAAGCGUUGCCAGAUAGUCACACAGAGCAUUUUGAGCUGGACACGAUUUCAAGCAGAGCAAGAGAGAAGAUCAGCCACGAUGAUGCUAACGUCGGAGCUAAAGAGCCGUCACUUUUGGGCCAGCGCCCUGAUAGAGCUGAUCGCAACUUUCUUUUUCAUCUUCCUGACAACUGGUACAACCAUCACAUGGAAUCCGAUGCAACCUCCGUCGACAGAGCUGAUUUCUUUGUGUUUCGGACUGAGCAUUGCAACCCUGGCGAUGUGUAGUUUACACCUCAGUGGCGGGCAUAUCAACCCCGCUGUUAGCAUCGCCAUGAUGGCCGUUCGAAAAGUGUCAGUCAUUCGAGGGAUAACUUACGUAAUUUUUCAAAUUGUCGGAGGUAUCAUAGGCUCAGCGGUAUUAAAAUACAUCACACCAAAAGAAAAACGCGGAACACUGGGCGCCACUGUCCCAGGUCCCGGAGUGACCGCAGGUCAAGCAGUUGGUAUUGAAAUCUUGCUGACAUUCCUCCUGGUUUUCACUGUGUGCGCGAGUACUGACCCGAAGAGGAAUCAUUAUGGAUACGAAGUCCCUCUGUCAAUUGGCCUUUGCGUGGCCGUGUGCCAUUUCAUUGGGAUUGGUUUUACAGGGUGUGGCAUUAAUCCUGCGCGCUCGUUUGGUCCAGCUGUCAUCAUGAAUACCUCCAAAAUCUGGGAAAACCAUUGGGUGUACUGGAUUGGUCCAAUUGGAGGAGGUUUAAUUGCAGCAGUUCUGUAUCAGGUGAUAUUUCGAACGAGGCAAGAACAAGGCCCAACGGCUGGUUCUGUGAAUGAGUUGGACAACUAUCAAGAUUCCAAGAUCUUCUUGAAAAGAACAAGUAGCUCCAAUAUGUAUCUCAGUGAAGGCAAAAUGGAGUUUAGAUCUCGCAAAUUUUGGACCGAAGUCUUCGCGGAAUUUUUGGCCACACUUCUGUUCCUGUUCAUGGUCUGUGGCACAGUGUUACCGUGGAAUAACACUCCACCAUCCGUUAUACACAUUGCUUUCAGUCAUGGACUAAGUAUAGCGACCUUAGCGAUGGCGGUGUUUCACAUUUCGGGCGGACAGCUCAACCCAGCCGUGACCAUCAGCAUGAUGGCUGUUGGAAGGGUCUCAGUCUUAAAAGCUGUGUUCUUCAUUAUUGCCCAGUGUGCCGGAGCUAUUUGUGGAGCAGCUAUAGUUUACUACAUGACCCCAACUGAUUCUAUUGGCUCACUGGGUGUCACAGCUCCUUCAAAUGGUGUCUCUACUGCGCAGGCGUUUGGAGUGGAACUCAUGCUGACUUUCAUAUUGGUUUUUGUGAUAUUCGCUGCGACCGACCCCAACAGGGGCAUGGCAGGAUAUGGGGUACCGCUGGCCAUAGGGAUUUGUGUGUUCAUUUGUCUCAUGCAUGGGAUUCCUUCAUCUGGAGCCAGCUUGAAUCCAGCUCGUUCUCUUGGUCCUGCCGUUGUUAUGAAUUUGUGGAGAGACCAUUGGAUUUACUGGGUGGCACCCACUCUCGGCGGUCUCCUGGCAACGUGCACCUACAAGCUGUUUUUCGCCCAGAGGAGAAACAACCAAAACACUUUAGAAGAUGAUAAUUACAAUGUGGAACUCAACGACAACGAUACAUCGAAGUUUAUGAUCUCCCCUUUGUAAUUGAUCAGCGGUCUCAGUCGGUCCCAACUAGAUAAAAUAAUUAGUUGGAAGUGGAUACGAAAUCUGAGUGAAGUGCUCUCUGAACUCGCCUGCUUACAUGUAUCUAGAUGAGCCCUUUUACUCCUAAGAUCCUCUUAUAAAUUCUCUGCACUGUUUGCCACUUUAUUUCUCAUAGCUUUAGCUCUGAGAGAUUGGAAUAAAAUCAGAAGAACCCCUUGUUUUGA